GCGCCGGCGGGAUUGCUGGAGUCCUCGUGGCUCUGCCGCCUCUCUGAUUUGUACACAGCCCAGGACAGUUGGGGGUCACCCCACGGAGUUGGGAGUUCGGCGCAGGGAGGAGCGGGGCUGCCAGGGUGCCAGGUCCUGGGUUCGCCGGGGCCCCGCGGGCUACGAGGAAGCUGGAGCUUGAGAAAGGCCCCUCUGUCCAGUCAUGCCAAAGAGGAAAGUGACCUUCCAAGGCGUGGGAGAUGAGGAUGAUGAGGAUGAAAUCAGUGUCCCCAAGAAAAAGUUGGUGGACCCUGUGGCUGGGGCAGGAGGUCCUGGGAGCCGCUUCAAAGGCAAACACUCUUUGGACAGCGAUGAGGAGGAUGAUGAUGAAGGGUCCAGCAAAUAUGACAUCCUGGCCUCAGAGGAUGUAGAAGGUCAGGAAGCAGCCACACUCCCCAGUGAGGGAGGUGUGCGGAUCACACCCUUCAACCUGCAGGAAGAGAUGGAGGAAGGCCACUUUGAUGCUGAUGGCAACUAUUUCCUGAACCGGGAAGCUCAGAUCCGAGACAGCUGGCUGGACAACAUUGACUGGGUAAAGAUCAGGGAGCGGCCGCCUAAUCAGCGGCCGCCGUCAGACUCAGAGGAGGAGGACAGCUUGGGCCAGACACCAAUGAGCGCCCAAGCCCUCCUGGAGGGCCUUCUGGAGCUGAUGUUGCCAAGAGAGACAGUGGCUGGGGCACUGAGGCGCCUGGGAGCCCGAGGAGGAGGCAAAGGGGGCAGCAAGGGGCCUGCGCGGCCCAGUUCCCCCCAGCGCCUGGACCGGCUCUCCGGGUUGGCUGACCAGAUGGUGGCUCGGGGUAACCUCGGAGUGUAUCAGGAGACAAGGGAACGAUUGGCCAUGCGGCUGAAGGGGUUGGGGUGCCAGACCCAGGGACCCCGUGACCCCACAGCCCCACCCUCCCUGGACAUGUUUGCUGAGGAAGUGGCGGAGGGGGAGCUGGAGACCCCAACCCCUGCCCAGAGAGGAGAAGCAGAGUUGCCCGGAGGUGGUCUGGCCGAUGUGAUGUGGGAAUAUAAGUGGGAGAACACAGGCGAUGCUGAGCUGUAUGGGCCCUUCUCCAGCACCCAGAUGCAGACCUGGGUGAAUGAAGGCUAUUUCCCGGACGGUGUUUAUUGCCGGAAGCUGGACGCCCCCGGUGGACAGUUCUACAACUCCAAACGGAUUGAUUUUGAUCUCUACACCUGAGCCUACUGAGGGCCGAGUUUGGUGGCCCCUUCUUUCCUGGAUUCUGUGGAGGAGGCCCCGGCUGCCUUAGGCAGUGAGGAUAUUGGGGGCCACUUCUCAGUCAACUUCCUUUUCCCAAUAAAAGCCUUUAGUUGUA